UCUGGUGUCUGCUACGAUAUGGAGUACAAUAUUCUUUCUGUUGUUGGCGUCUUCUUUCUUGUAUAUCAUGGAGUUAAAUUUGCACUCCAACUCAUCCAAGGAAUCAAAACAUUUGUUCUUCCGUCGCUUGGUUUUAGGAAGAACUUGAGGACAUUUGGUUCGUGGGCAGUUGUGACGGGCUGCACAGAUGGUAUUGGAAAAUCAUAUGCUAAACAAUUAGCCAAGCAAGGAAUAAACAUUGUUCUCAUGAGCAGAAAUUUAGAAAAACUACAGAAAGUUGAUAAAGAGAUAAAAUCUCAGUACAACGUUGAGACAAGAAGCAUAGUGAUAGACUUUGGUGGUGGACAAGAAAUAUACCAGGACAUUGGGGACAAACUAAAGGACUUAGAAAUAGGAAUACUAGUGAAUAACGUGGGGAUGGCAAUAGGCGCAGACUGCUUUCAUUUAAUUUCAAGAGAGAAAAAUGCAAAGAUUAUUAAUGUCAACAUCCUUUCAUAUGUCAUGAUGACUCACAUAGUUUUGCCUAUAAUGGUGGCAAGGAAAAGUGGACUAAUUAUCAACGUGUCAUCAUAUGGAGCCUUGGUACCCAAUCCUCUAAUUGCAAAUUAUUCAAGUACAAAAGCCUUUGUGGAUUUUCUCAGUUAUUGUAUCAACAGAGAGUAUUCUGAUAAAGGAAUACAUGUUCAGCCAAGUGAGUACAUAAUGAUUUUCUCCUUUUUCCACCAGAUGACUCACAUAGUUUUGCCUAUCAUGCUAGCAAGGAAAAGUGGACUAAUUAUCAACGUGUCAUCAUUUGCUGCUUUGGUACCCAAUCCUCUAAUUUCAAAUUAUUCAAGUACAAAAGCCUUUGUGGAUUUUCUCAGUUAUUGCAUCAACAGAGAGUAUUCUGAUAAAGGAAUACAUGCUCAGUGCGUCAUGCCAUGGUUUGUGUCCACAAAAAUGACUAGAAAUAUGUCGACAAGUCUUCUUGCGCCAUCUUCUGACUGUUAUGUCAAUCAAGCAUUAGGAACAGUUGGAAUGGAACAAAGGACUUGCGGAUACUGGAUUCAUUCUAUAUUGGCUUAUAUCCAGAUGAAUUUCCUAYCUAUGGCUGUCACUCAAGCCCUAWUGUGGAAAUUGUAUUGGUCAUUUAAACAACAGAUUACAUCUGGACAUUCGAAGAAGUCUUCUUAGAAGAUAUUAGAAAGAAAACAUUAAGAGCCUGAUAAUGAGAGGGAUUUGARCACUGAAGGAACAACUGGAACCUGCACAUACCCUUCUAAUGUUUUCAUACUGAGAUUUGAGUUUUUGAAUUGUAAAAACAUCACUCCAGGGAUGUCAACCUCCGAACUAUAUAUAUCUCGAGAAAUUGCCUCAAUUAUGUGUAUGACGUCACAACAUGUGAAUGACGUCACAAAUGACAUCAUAUUCUGUUUCAACCAAUGGGAUUAGACAUUGCAUAAUCAGUUUAUAUAUUUUUCAUGUGCGAGCAUACAGGUGUAUGUAACCAAGGCCUGUAGGUAUUUCGUUCCAUAUCGAAAGAUUGAGGAAACGCGACAUAAUUCAUUGAAGGUUUUCUUUGAAAAUAAAAAUCUACAACGAUGGUUAGUAAUUAAUAUCAUUCUAUAAAAAUAUCGUGUGUGUCCAGGAGAUUUAGGGCUAAAAUCUUGAGACCAGGAGAUUCGAUCUGAAACCGGGAGUCUCCUUGCAAAUCCGGGAGAGUUGACGUCCCUGUCACUCAAUAUUUUUUKAGUCUAAUUCUGGCGCUUUUAGUUAAAMUUUGUUUACAUCGGUUUAUUUUAUGUUUUUUUUGUGCUUCCCCUGCAMAAUCUCCAGCAGACUACAGCCCUGUAUACCAGCUGUACAAMUGUAUGAAUUAAGCUCAAUUUUAUAUCCCUGUACGUCAUGAAUAUAAUGGAACAAUUAAACCUGAAUUAAUUGUAAUUGAUUAAAAGUKUAAGGYAAUGAAAUGUAAAAUAGAUAGAUCUCAAAAGAUCUAGAUUUGUAAAGUCACAUUGUAGGAAGGUGGCCUUUUAAAGCAUUUUAUCUUUUCAAUAAAGAAUUAUUUAUCCAGUA